AUGGAAAACCUAUGCCCUCCACUUCCCUCCCAAAUGAGGGAUUUCUCUACUCCCCCAAGAAACAGGCAUCGUCACAAGAGAUCCUUUGCUAUAUCUGGAGACUUUGAAUUUUUAAAACAACCAGCUUCUGCGCCUGCUCUGCCUUCUGCAUACGACUCGCCUACGUUUGAAAAUAAACCAAGUAGAGAAACUGGCAUAAACGUGACGAUAUCUAACGAACCUCAAAAUGAAUUGGGCUUAAUACCCUCAGCAAGCCCACGGUUUUUCAUUAGCGAAGAUUCUACGUACACAUCGCCAAUUAAAGGAGUGCCGGACGCUAUCAUUAAUUUGGAUGAUGUACUCAUCGAUAAGCCAAAACUGUGUAGAUCACAUCGUAAAACCAAGUCUGUUCCAGUGAAAUUAGAUGACUUUUACUCCUCGCACAAGGGUAAUUCUGUACCAGAAUUAACCAUAAAUGAAGAGAUAGAUGAAGAUGAAAUCAGCUCUCAGUUAUUGGAGCCCGUAAAACCAUUAUCAGCUACCCCAUCUUCAGAUGUAGAUGAAGACAACAAGAUGACAUUGGAGAAUGCCAGAAGUUACAACUCACUAAAAAUCCAAGCACAGAAGCAAAGAUACUAUAACUCCACAAGAAAUCUGCCCUUAAAUAACGACGAUAAACCAAUGGACCCACAAGCUUUAACAAAGCAAAGUUCCCUUACUUCUUUAUUUUCUUCCAGGUCAAUCACCCCCGUAUCCUGUAAUAUUAAUAACACGGGUAGAAUCAAUACAAUGAACGGUAAUUAUUUGGAUGACGUUCUCUAUGACCUGGAUACAUCUGCGAGAACGUUAAUUCAGGACAUUGACAAUUUUCAAGCCAAUGCGAGUGAGAGGAUUAGACUAUCACAGCAAUCUCCUUCAAUAAAAAAGUGUUUUGCUAAAGAUGGAAAAUCCAUCAACAGCUUCAAUUUUCAGUCUCAGGAGUACGAUAUAGUAUCCUUUACUGAGGAUUUCGACCCGGUAACAUCCUUGUCUUCUUCCAUUCUUGACUCUGAAAGACAAACCGACGAUGAGAGGGAAGAUAGCAUUCCUGAAGAAAUACUACUAGGAGAACCACUGCAUAUAUACAACAAAGCUGGUAAGUCCGAUGAGAGUGCUAUUUUGUACGCAAAACAAGGGUCUGUAUCCAUUGAUAAGAGUCAUGAGCACAGCACAAAUCAGUAUAAAGAAAAAUCUUUCAAAAAACACAGAAAAUUUAAACUCUUAGUCAAAUUGUUCACUAAGAAAUGA